CUUCGGGUGUUGUAAGAUCCCGAAGCCUAGACUCUUCUCUAAAUGUGAUUUUAACUGGAUUUUACCACCAUGAUACUGUUCAAGAAUUAAAUUUACCUGAAUUUGAGGACAAGGAUGUAGUGCUCGCUACUGGAAAUUUUUGUAUCAUUGAAUACACCGGCCAAAAUGACGAAAAAUAUUCCAUUUUAAAAAUUACCUUAAACGAUGUAGUUCGUUUUAAUAUCCUUGACCUUGACAAUUUACCUGUGUUUCCAAUAUUAAUCAACAUGACAGCAUUAGUUCAAGAAGACCUGGAAAUCGAUAAUGAAGAUGUAGUCAUGAAUGUUUUAACCAAGAACUAUGUGGACCAAGAUUAUGUCAAUCUUAAAUUAACAUGCUAUUAUUCCACUUCUGCACAAUAUUUAAUGAAUACAAUCGCAGUUAUAAAAAAAGAUUCUGUAGUAUAUAUUAAUGGUGAACUAAUGAUAACCGAUGAUGAUAACAUAGUUCAUAUAUGA